CCGCCCACCACGACGUCGAUGCCCCCAGGACGCUUUUAGGCUCCGCUUCCGCCACCACGCCCGCCAACCCACCCAGUAUUCUCCGUGCCCUGCAUACCGCCAAGCCAGAGGGCAUUGCAUCAAAACCUGCGUGCCCGGCCAGCAUAUGCGCCUCCUGCCGCACUCGUAGCGCACCGUCGUCCAUGGACGCCUGAGCAGAGUGCGCAGUGUCCUUGUGUGCGCGCCUCCACCCCCUCGUCUACCCAGACUCCCUGCGCAGCUCGCCACGGAGUCGCGCCCCCAUGUCUCAACCACCACACCCGCCCCAGGACGCCGAACACUCUGCUCCCCCCGGCGAUGCGGACCAGGCGCCCCCCGCUGCCCCCGUCUCCGACCACACCCCUUUGCCGCUCGCCGAGGCACAUACCCAGACAACCGAUUUUGCCGUCGACGGCUCCAAGUCUGACCGCGUCCCACAGCAUGGCACUCGUGCGAGCGCCAUCGGCCCAUGCUCGCCCUCGGCUGCGGGGCUGAGCCCGGCCGCCCAUGAUCGUGUAUUCCCCAUACGGAGCGUUGUGUCCAUGGAUCCUACUUCUGCAACCACGCCGAAGCCGACGGGGCAGUACAGCGGCGACUACUUCUCCCAGUUCUCCCGAUCGGCAGACUCACGUAGAGCCUCAAGCUCCACGGCCUCGAAUGCGUCCCACGCCUCUCAGCGAGCCUAUGGCCAAGCUUCACGGCAGCCGCCGCCAUCUACAAUCACCCCGCGAGCAGAAGCAGCGCCGCAGGCACAGCAGCAAUCAAAAUCAAAACUUCAGUUACCUGCGUCCUUAUUCAACGACAUUUCAUCUGCUAGUCCCGGAAACAGUGUAGAAGGAGGGAACAGCCCAUCAUCACUCAAGGCCGACGAUCGACCGCCAUCCCCGGGGGCUACGUCGGUACGCAGUACACUGAGUAGUGUAGGCGACGUCGGUACUUUGAUAACACCUCGAUUUAAGCACGUCGCCGCCGAAGGAGGACAUAUGGUCAUAACGGGCCGAGACGGCGAGACAUUACAGCGCUGCGAGGACGAGCCGAUUCACAUUCCGGGCGCCGUGCAAGGAUUCGGUCUCUUGGUCGUACUUCAAGACGAAGUGGAUGGCAACGGAGGCCUCCUUGUCCGCGUUGUUUCCGAAAAUUCAAAGAGAUUUCUGGGCCGUACACCUAAGGAGCUGUUCGCUCUGGAGAGCUUCACAGACAUCCUAUCCGAAGAACAGGCUGACAAUCUCCUCGACCAUAUUGACUUCAUCAAGGACGAGGAUUCGGAUGUUUUGACAAACGGGCCCGAGGUUUUCACAAUAUCAAUCAAGGUACCUGGGGUAUCGAGAACUCGCAAACUUUGGUGCGCCAUCCACAUUAACGACGCCAAUCCUGGGGUUGUUGUCUGCGAAUUUGAACUCGAAGACGAUCCUGAUUUCCCUCUGGUACCGCCGAACGAAAUCACACCCGAGCCGCCGGAAGAUACCCUAUCUAGCAACCCUACAGAGGCGGAGCUUUUGGAGAGCACCGAGAUUAAGAGUCGGCCUCUCAGGGUACUGCGGAGCGCAAGAAAGAGGAAGGGUGAAGCUGCUGCAAUGGAGGUUUUCAACAUCAUGUCACAAGUGCAAGAGCAACUUGCUGCGGCACCGAACCUCGACAAAUUCCUCAAGGUCUUGGUUGGCGUUGUCAAAGAGCUGACCGGAUUCCACCGCGUCAUGAUUUACCAAUUCGACCAAGCGUUCAACGGACGAGUCGUUACCGAGCUUGUCGACCCUCGAGCCACGAAGGAUCUUUACAAAGGAUUGAAUUUCCCUGCCUCAGAUAUUCCUAAGCAGGCCAGAGAGUUGUACAAGCUCAACAAAGUCCGCAUGUUGUACGACCGCGACCAGGAAACAGCCCGUCUCGUCUGCCGUACCAUCGAAGACCUCGAGAAACCUCUCGACCUCACACACUCCUACCUUCGCGCCAUGUCACCAAUCCAUCUGAAGUACUUGGCUAACAUGGCGGUUCGUUCUUCCAUGUCAAUAUCCAUCAACGCUUUCAGUGAGCUAUGGGGCCUCAUCGCUUGUCAUACAUACGGCGCUCGGGGCAUGCGAGUCUCUUUCCCCAUUAGAAAAAUGUGUCGCAUGGUCGGCGAUUCCGCGUCAAGAAAUAUUGAGCGACUUUCAUAUGCCUCGCGCUUGCAAGCCAGAAAGCUCAUCAACACCGUACCAUCGCAACACAAUCCAUCUGGCUACAUCAUUGCUUCUUCGGACGAUCUGUUAAAACUGUUCGACGCGGAUUUUGGAUUAUUGUCGAUCAGAGAUGAGACAAAGAUACUGGGCGCCAUGGAAAACUCGCAGGAAGCACUGGCCAUGUUGGAAUACUUGAGGAUGCGCAAGAUUCAGUCUGUGAUGACGUCGACUGAUAUCACGGAAGAUUUCCCAGACCUUCGGUAUCAGCCUGGAUUCCAUACCGUCGCCGGAAUGUUGGUCGUUCCUUUGACGGUUGGUGGCCAUGACUUCAUCGUCUUUUUCAGGAAAGGCCAGCUGCGUGAAGUCAAGUGGGCAGGUAAUCCUUAUGAAAAGUUCGUUAAGGAGGGCACUGAAGGUUAUCUCGAGCCUCGAAAGAGUUUCAAGACAUGGUCAGAGACGGUAGUCGGCAAAUGUCGAGAAUGGACAGAAGAAGAGAUAGAGACCGCUUCGGUGCUUUGCCUAGUCUAUGGCAAGUUCAUUGAGGUCUGGCGACAGAAAGAGGCAGCCCUGCAAAAUAGUCAGUUGACUCGGUUGUUGCUUGCAAAUUCCGCCCAUGAAGUCAGGACGCCGCUGAAUGCCAUCAUCAACUAUCUCGAGAUAGCUUUGGAAGGAUCUCUGGAUUCAGAGACUCGCGAGAACCUUUCACGAUCGCAUUCGGCCUCCAAAUCGCUCAUCUACGUCAUCAACGACUUGCUGGACUUGACGAAGACAGAGGAAGGUGGACCGCUAGUCAAAGGAGAGUCGUUCGAUCUAAGCGGAACUAUUAAAGAGGCGACAGACAUGUUCCGGGGAGACGCCAGGCGAAAGAAUAUCGAAUAUGAAGUAGUCGAGCAUGACGGCUUGCCAAAGAUGUGCAUUGGCGACCAGCGUCGCGUCAGGCAAGCCAUCUCGAAUAUUGCGGCAAACGCUAUUCAACACACUAGUCAGGGAGGUGUCAAGAUCGAGGCGUACGUUGCGUCAAGGCCCAGGAAAGAUCAUGCCGAGGUCGAGGUCGCAGUUACAGAUACUGGUGCCGGCAUAAACCCGAAAAGGCUGGACCAGCUGUUCUAUGACCUUGAACAAGUUCAGUCUGAACCAAGUAGUGGUUUGGAGGAGGCAAUCGCGCCGGAUCCCAAGCAAAUCAAGCAGCGCGAUGAUAAGACUGCACUUGGUCUCGGGCUUGCUCUCGUCGCGCGGAUCAUCAGGAACAUGAACGGACAACUCAGGAUCAGAUCGGAAGAAGGCAAAGGCACUAGAUUUGUUAUCCAAUUUCCCUUCGAUCUUCCAGAUAACGAUGAGUCAGCAAACUCGUCUAUGUCGGAUCCUUCGCAGUCUGGAACCGUUACACCGCACCCUGAGCGACCAAAAUCGCUUACCAGCUCGAUUGAAGCUGGGGGCGAACGCAUGUUGGUAUCACCAUCCUUGUCACGGCACGAGUCGACUGAUACUACUGUGAACGGCACCAUAAUCAAUCACCCGAUAGCAAGCCGAAGACAGAGCGCAGACAGUUUGAAGAGCAAGGCCAGCUUACGGAGCUAUAGGAGCUCUUCGACACAAGAAAGUGCGAGGAGUGACGUGGAUAGGCUUAUCGACGAUUUGUCCGCACCACAUCUAGUUGAGAGACGACGAGGCGGGGAAGGCGCUCAAAGUCCCGGCGUGCGAUCAAUGAGGCCCAAUCUUACCAAACGCAGUAGCAUGGAUGCAUCACCUCCACGCACGCGAUCUAAGAGUCUAGAGGCCACAGAUGGGAGAAUAGUGGUGCCGCCCCACCAAAGAAGUCUGAAUACCAGGAUACCUGGCGAGGAGUCUGUCAGAUUCUCUUCGCAGCCUCUCAAAGCUGUGCGCGUGCCAGACGAGGCUUCGUCGCCCGAACCGCGAACUCAUGGCUCCAUAUUGGGAGAAAUCUCCAAUGAACCUCUGCAACAAUCACCUGCGCAGACGCCCAUGCCUGAGAAGCUGACCUCAGAUCGUAUGCGUGUUCUUGUAGCAGAAGAUGACCCUGUCAACAGCCGAAUUGUAAAGAAACGACUGGAAAAGAUGCAACACGUUGUUCAUCUAACCGUCAACGGCGAAGAAUGCGCAUCUGCAUUUGGCGAGUCUCCAAAGGACUUUGAUGUUGUCCUGAUGGAUAUGCAGAUGCCAAUUGUCGACGGCCUGACUUCCACGAAAAUGAUACGUUCGUACGAGAAGACGCACACCAACAUUUAUUCGCCUCGCGCGGCUCUCUGUGGCCGCAUCCCCAUCGUCGCCGUCUCUGCCUCGCUUCUUGAGAGAGACCGCCAGCAGUACAUCGACGCCGGCUUCGAUGCCUGGAUUCUGAAGCCCAUUUCGUUCGACCGCCUGAAUAAGCUACUGGCUGCGAUCGUUGACAAAGACAUUCGUAGACAGUGCCUGUACGAGCCAGGCGAGUGGGAAAAGGGUGGUUGGCUCCACGAAGGCAAAGCAAGUGUCGAGGAGGUCGACACGAAACCUAGCAGUGCCCCGCCGAUCAGCAACCCAAGCGACGUGAUGAAGGAGGCAGCCCAGGACGCCGAGAACCCCAUGGCAGGUGAAGGCAACGAGGAUGGCAAACAGCCCGAGGAACAGGAGCGACUGCUGAAGAAGCAGGAAGAAGAACGGACUGAAGAGGACGAUAAGCACAACGAGGAGGUUAGACAUGCGGAUCCCAAGGAUGCUGCCGGGUGAGCGCUGGCAAGACGUCCACGAUGUUUGAAAGAGGAUUCGAUGCAACGGCAGACUGCAUUCUGUAAGGAGUAUUGUUUGGUACUGGUCGACGCAUUAUUCCAGGAGUUUCUUAUGACCCUCAUGUUUACCUGGCCGCCGGCGAUGCGCAUGGGAGCAAAGCGAGUGAAUCGAGCAUAGCGGGCUGGGCCACGGAC